CUCAAACCAUCCGGUAAAAUGGCGCCUUUGCUUUGUCUCCACUUUGCUUCAAUAUUCUAACAUUUUUCUAAAAUACAAAUUACUGAGAAUUAUCUGUUUUACAUCUCCGGGACGACGAGCCAAGAACUACACGCGUCUCAGUCAUUCAAGAAAUGACAAAAAGAGUACAGUAGGUUAAAUGAGUAGAACCUCAGCUGAAUCUACAGACCAAAUGAUGGAGGAAGUAGGUCAACUUCAGAUUACAGACCAGAUGGAGGAGGAGGAGGGAGGUCAACUUCAGAUUACAGACCAGAUGGAGGAGGAGGAGGAUGUAGGUCAACAUCAGAUUACAGCCCAGAUGGAGGAGGAGGAGGAGGAGCCUGGGAGCUCAGCAGAGACUGAGAGACCCUCCUCUUCUCACACCAAGAUGAAGCCUCCUGUUACAGCCAAGCACACCGGAGGGAAUGAGUCUGACACCUCGGACGAGAGUGGACAGGAAGAUGGCGCCUCUGACAACCCCUCAGAUGAUACCACUUUGCAGGAGAGGAUAGACUGCACCGCCUGUGGACAGCAGGUCAACCACUUCCAGCGCCACUCGGUGUUUGAGCACCCGAUGCUCCAUGUGCUCCUCUGCAAGUCGUGUUAUAAGUAUUACACCAGCGAUGACAUCAAUAAAGACGAGGACGGCAUGGACGAACAGUGCAGGUGGUGUGCUGAAGGUGGCAACCUGAUCUGCUGUGACUACUGCCACAACGCCUUCUGUAAGAAGUGCAUCCUGCGUAACCUGGGGCGCAAGGAGCUGUCCAUGAUCACCGACGAGGACAGUAAAUGGUCCUGCUAUAUCUGCAGCCCUCAGCCUCUCUCAGACAUCGCCUCCAACUGCUCCAACAUCUUGACCAAGCUGGAGAGCUUCUGGCGCACGGGAUGCAGGAAAGAGAGGAAGGAGGUGAAAGGGCACAGUAAGGGUAAAGGUCACCACCACCAUGGUAAAGCUGUGGUGAACGGUAAGGAACAUUCAGACGGGUCAGGGACCCUCACCUUCUCCUAUAAGACCCUGAAGGUCCUCAAGGAGCUGGUGAAGAGGACCAAGAAGCUGAUUGAGACGACCACAGGGCUCAACAGCACCUUCAUCCAGCAGGCUGAGGAGGAGCAGGGAGCAGGAGGAGGUGGCAGCGGGACCAGACACCUCAAGGCCAUCAGGUCUGUUCUGGCUGAUAUGAAGAAGGCCCAUGCUGCCCUAGAGGAGGACUUGGAGUCACAGUUCACUUCCCAGGACCAGGGGAUGCAGAACGGGGAUGCUGUUUCCAACACCGACGGCCACGAUCAGAUUGACAACAUGGUUGAGGAUAGACAGGAGGCAGAAGAGGAUAAAAUGGCCGACACUGAGGACGGGGAGGAGCUAGAGGAGGAUGGGGGCUUGUCAGAGGACGCAGAGAUGGAGGGGAGCCCCGCCCCCGCGCCUCAGGACAUCUCGGACACAGAGAUGGAGGGGAGCCCCGCCCCCGCGCCUCAAGACAUCUCGGACACAGAGACAGACAGCCAGGCCAAAGACCAGACAGCAGUGGUGGAGGAGGAGGGUGACCGGAAAAAAGACAUUGUGUCCGUCGGGCCGGCCGUCCCUGACGAGCUCUUCCAAAUGGUAGAGAGUCUGGCGGACUCCGCAGGGUUAAAGCCCGGCAACGACACCAUGGAAACCACCGCUGCUAGCCAAUCAGAGAGCCCCGCCGCCGACUCAAACAGGAAGUCACUUGAAACCCAUAAGGAGAAGGCCAUGCCCAAGGUGAAGAACCUGAUCGUGAAGCUGAUGCCCGUUCCAGUGGUUACCACACGCAUCUCCAGGUCUAUGAGCAAGGAUAAGGAUGGAGGCAAGGAGAAGAGUAAGGAUGGAGGCAAGGAGAAGAGUAAGGAUGGAGGCAAGGAGAAGAGUAAGGAUGGAGGCAAGGAGAAGAGUAAGGAUGGAGGCAAGGAGAAGAGUAAGGAUGGAGGCAAGGAGAAGAGUAAGGAUGGAGGCAAGGAGAAGAGUAAGGAUGGAGGCAAGGAGAAGAGUAAGGAUGGAGGCAAGGAGAAGAGUAAGGAGGAGGUGGAGGAAGGUGAGGGCUCUGAGGAGGACAGCCGCCGCUCCAGCCGCACAAAGACCACACCCCUCAGGAAGUCACCGGAUGGGAAGAACAAGAUGGCCGAAUCCUCUCCGGAGAACAGUGACUCAGAGGGCAUGAGUCUCAGCAGGCUGAAGAGUAGAGCCAAAGGCAGCUCGGAGAAGGAACGUGAGGAGGAGGAGGAGGAGCAGCAGCAGAGCAAUGCCUCAUCCAAGGUGACCGCUGACCCUUCUAAACAAGAAGUGGACUCUGACUCUGACGAGGUUCUGGACAUCCUGCUCCAGACUGCAGCGGCAGAACACAGCUUGGACGAGGAUGCGCAGCAGGACGCCGAUGGUAACCAGGGCAACAGGAGCUUCAAAAGGUGCCUGUUCAAACUCAGCAAGAAAGAUGGAGAGGAGGAGGAGAAUGACAAGGUGAAGUCUGACAAGAAGCUGGCGGCCAAACGCAAACUGAAAGCCGACGAUUCAGACAACUCAGAGUCCGACUCAGACGAAGACGCGAAGAAGAAGAAGAAAAAGAAGUCCCCCUCAGCUUCUGCCAAAAAGACAUCCAAGAAGAAGGGCUCGGACGGCUCCUCCGACUCGGACCUGGAGAUGAAGGGACUCAGCAAACUGGCGACGGGGAAACGGAGGAGCAGCCGUGUGAACAAGGAAAGAGAGAAGGAGAACAAGGAAAGAGAGGAGAAGGAAAGAGAGGAGGAGGAGAAGGAGAACAAGGAAAGAGAGGAGAAGGAGAUCAAGGGCGGAGAUCGGAGGCGGUCGUACGAACUGAAACGCAAAGCCAGAAGUAGAGGAGCCAAGCAGCAAGAUUCAUCGUCUGAUGACGAGGAGGAGGAGGAGGAGGGAGGAGGGUCUGGAGAGGAGAGUGGAGACCAGCAGAAGAUUAAACCCAUCAUGGAGGAGACUGUGGUAGCAGGGAGGGGAACCUUCCACCAGUCCUCAGGAGAUGAAGGUAACCAUGACGCUUCUCAGAUGGCCAAUGAGGAGGACGAUGAUGAUGAUGCGCCUGAGAACAGAAUUGCCAAGAAGAUAUUGGCCCAGAUCAAGGCUAACUACUCUUCAGGAGCAGAGGAGAGCUCUGACGAGGACGGAGAAGAGAACGAACAGAAGAAGGGGAAGGGAGGAGAGGAGCAGGAGGAGGACGAUGAUGAUGAAUGGGGCUCUGGCUCUGAUGUGGACAUGAAGACGAGUGUGGGGCGUUACCACCGGCUGCUCCGCCACAAACUAACACUGUACGAAGUGGAGUCGGGAGAGGAGAAGGAGAAACCAGCCAGCAAGGGGAAGAAGAAGAAGACCAAGAGGACCAGACGGAAAGUGGGUAGUGAUGACUCGGCAGACUCAGACUUUAAGGAGUCAGCCAGCAGCUGUGAGUCAGGAGUUAGUGAGGAGAUCAGUGAGAAGGAAUUGUCUUCAGAGGAGGAGUCGGAGUCUGAGAGGGAAGGCAGUAGCCAAAAGAGGACCACGCGCUCCUCCGUGAAGAAGAAGGAGGAGAGGAGCUACGCCCAGAAGAAGAAACGGCGCCGCAUCAAGACCCAGGAUUCUUCAUCUGACGACAAGAGCGGGUCAGGAGAGGACGGCUCGGGGAAGGAGGAUGGAGACACUCCUAAAGGACAGAGGAAGAAGAUCAGAAAAAUCCUCAAGUACGACGAGCUGAGGACUGAAACGAGGGAUGCCCUGAAUGAGGAGGAGGAGGAGAGGAGGAGACGCAUCGCUGAGAGGGAACAGCUCAGGGAGAAGCUCAGAGAGGUACUCGUGGUGGAGGAGGCGUCCGCCGUGGCUUGUCCAAUCACAACCAAGCUGGUGCUGGAUGAAGACGAGGAGACCAAGGAGCCCAUGGUGCAGGUUCACCGCAAUCUGGUCACGAAGCUCAAACCACACCAGGUCGACGGAGAUGAAGGUAACCAUGACGCUUCUCAGAUGGCCGAUGAGGAGGACGAUGAUGAUCCAGAGAACAGAAUUGCCAAGAAGAUGCUGGCCCAGAUCAAGGCUAACUACUCUUCAGGAGCAGAGGAGAGCUCUGACGAGGAUGGAGAAGAGAACGAACAGAAGGAGACCAAGAGGACCAGACGGAAAGUGGGUAGUGAUGACUCUGCAGACUCAGACUUUAAGGAGUCAGCCAGCAGCAGUGAGUCAGGAGUUAGUGAGGAGAUCAGUGAGAAGGAAUCGUCGUCAGAGGAGGAGUCGGAGUCUGAGAAGGAAGGCAGUAGCCAAAAGAGGACCACGCGCUCCUCCGUGAAGAAGAAGAAGAAGAAGGAGGAGAGGAGCUACGCCCAGAAGAAGAAACGGCGCCUCAUCAAGACCCAGGAUUCUUCAUCUGACGACAAGAGCGGGUCAGGAGAGGACGGCUCGGGGAAGGAGGAUGGAGACACUCCUAAAGGACAGAGGAAGAAGAUUAGAAAAAUCCUCAAGGACGACAAGCUGAGGACGGAAACGAGGGAUGCCCUGAAGGAGGAGGAGGAGAGGAGGAGACGCAUCGCUGAGAGGGAGCAGCUCAAGGAGAAGCUCAGAGAGGUACUCGUGGUGGAGGAGGCGUCCGCCGUGGCUUGUCCAAUCACAACCAAGCUGGUGCUGGAUGAAGACGAGGAGACCAAGGAGCCCAUGGUGCAGGUUCACCGCAAUCUGGUCACUAAGCUCAAACCACACCAGGUCGACGGGGUCCAGUUCAUGUGGGACUGCUGUUGUGAGUCGGUGAAGAAAACCAACAAGAACUCUGGUUCUGGAUGUAUCCUGGCUCACUGUAUGGGCCUGGGAAAAACACUGCAGGUGGUAACCCUCCUCCACACACUACUGCUGUGUAAAAAGUUAGACUUCUCCACGGCUCUGAUCGUCUGUCCUCUCAACACCGUUCUCAACUGGCUCAAUGAGUUUGAGAAGUGGCAGUACGGCUUCAAGGACGAGGAGAGUUUAAAGGUGACGGAGCUGGCCAUGGUGAAGCGUCCUCAGGAGAGUGCGUCUGCUCUGCAGCAGUGGCAGGAGGAUGGAGGAAUCAUGAUCAUUGGCUAUGAGAUGUACCGUAACCUCACACAGGGUAGAAACAUCAAGAGCAAGAAACUCAAAGAGACCUUCCAGAAGACUCUGGUUGACCCAGGCCCAGAUUUUGUGAUCUGUGAUGAGGGCCACAUCUUGAAGAACGAGGCGUCGGACAUCUCUAAAGCCAUGAACUCCAUCAAGACCCGACGGAGAGUGUUGCUCACCGGCACUCCACUGCAGAACGACCUCAUAGAGUGUAUGUCCAUUACUUCCUGUUAUAUCCAGACCGCUGGCCUACAGGACAUUCGGAAAUAAUUCAGACCCCUGGACUUUUAACACAUUACAUCCUUACUCUAAAAUUGAUUUUUUUUAACCCCCCCCUCAUCAUUCUACACAUAAUGACUAAGCAAAAACAGGUUUAGAAAUUUUUGUUAACCUCUUGCUCCUACCUGGCACGCAGGCGUCCCAUCUAGACAUCUGGAAAUGCAAAUGCGCUACGCUAAAUGCUAAUAGUAUUAGUUAAAACUCAAACGUUCAUUAAAAUACACAUGCAGGGUAUUGAAUUAAAGCUACACUCGUUGUGAAUCCAGGCAACAAGUCAGAUUUUUAAAAUGCUUUUCGGCGAAAGCAUGAGAAGCUAUUAUCUGAUAGCAUGUAACACCCCAAAAGACCCGCAGGGGACAUAAACAAAAUAAUUAGCAUAGUCGGCGCUACACAAACCGCACAAAUAAAAUAUAAAACAUUCAUUACCUUUGACCAUCUUCUUUGUUGGCACACCGAGAUGUCCCAUAAUCACUAUUGGGUCUUUUUUUCGAUUAAAUCGGUCCAUAUAUAGCCUAGAUAUCGAUCUAUGAAGACUGUGUGAUCAACAAAAAAAAUAGCGUCUUUUUUUAAAUUAAAAAAGUCGACGAUAAACUUUCACAAAACACUUCGAAACACCUUUGUAAUGCAACUUUAGGUAUUAGUAAACAUUAAUAAGCGAUCAAAUUAAUCACGAGACGAAGUGUUUUCUAUAGGGGUCCGUCUGGAAAUAAUGUCUGUGUAUUUCUCAACCAAAAUAUCUGGUCGGAGACCUGAAGAAAAAGCCUGUCUCUUGUUCGUUUGACCAAGAAACAAAGAAAUGACAAGACUGUUGACAUCGUGUGGAAGCUGUAGGUACUGCAACCUCAGCCCUAUUUAAUGUCUUUCGCCCAUAACAAUGGGUUGAAGUGGCGGAUGGAUAUAAAUUUUUCCACUUUCAGUGAUCAGAUUUUCCUGCACUUUUCGAUGAAACGCACGUUCUGUUAUAGUCAUAGCCGUGAUUUAACCAGUUUUAUAAACGUCUGAGUGUUUUCUAUCCACACAUACUAAUCAUAUGCAUAUACUAUAUUCCUGGCCGGAGUAACAGGGCGCUGAAAUGUUGCGCGAUUUUUAACAGAAUGUUAGAAAAAGUAGGGGGUAGGAGUAACAGGUUAAUUCAUAAAAAAAUACAAAACUGAAAAAUCACAAGUACAUUUAGUAUUCAGAUCUUUUACUCAGUACUUUGUUGAAACACCUUAGGCAGCGAUUACAGCCUCUGGUCUUCUUGGGUCUGACGCUACAAGCUUGGCACACCUGUAUUUGGGGAGUUUCUCCCAUUCUUCUCUGCAGAUCCUCUUUGGUUGGUGGAGGGCCGAAAAGCCCUCCCAGGUCCACCCAUGACUGUGCCCCUGCCCAGUCAAGUGAAAUCCAUGGAUUAGGGCCUAAUUAAUUAAUUUAAAUUGACUGAUUUUCUUUCUAUCUCAGUAAAAUAUUAGAAAAGGUUGCAUGUUCAAUAUAGUAAGUUAUAUGGACUCUUGUGUUAAAUAGCAGGGGUUGACCAUUUUUUUCAUGGCUACCUCUGUCCCCCAUACAUACAGUUGAAGUUGGAAGUUUACAUACACUUUAGCCAAAUACAUUUAAACAAAAAAAUUUCACAAUUCCUGAGGAUUCCUGAUUCCUGUUUGGAUCACCAGUUUAUUUUAAGAAUGUGAAAUGUCAGAAUAAUUUCAGCUUUUAUUUCUUUCAUCACAUUCCCAGUGGGUCAGAAGUUUACAUACACUCAAUUAGCAUUACCUAUAAAUUGUUUAACUUGGGCCAAAAGCUUCAGGUAGCCUUCCACAAUAAGUUAGGUGAAUUUUGGCCCGUUCCUCCUGAUAGGGCUGAUGUAACUGAGUCAGGUUUGUAGGCCUCCUUCCUCACACACGCCUUUUCAGUUCUGCCCACAAAUGUUCUAUAGGAUUGAGGUCAGGGCUUUGUGUUGGCCACUCCAAUACCUUGACUUUGUUGUCCUUAAGCCAUUUUGCCACAACUUUGGAAGUACGCUUGGGGUCAUUGUCCAUUUGGAAGACCGAUUUGCGACCAAGCUUUAACUUCCUGACUGAUGUCUUAUGAGGUUGCUUCAAUAGAUCCACAUAAUUUUUCAUCCUCAUGAUGCCAUCUAUUUUGUGAAGUGCACCAGUCCCUCCUGCAGUAAAGCAACCCCACAACAUGAUGCUGCCACCCCUGUGCUUCAUGGUUGGGAUGGUGUUCUUCGGCUUGCAAGCCUCCCCCUUUUUCCUCCAAACAUAACGAUGGUCAUUAUGACCAAACAGUUCUAUUUUUGUUUCAUCAGACUAGAGGACAUUUCUCCAAAAGGUAUGAUCUUUGUCCCCAUGUACAGUUGCAAACCGUAGUCUGGCUUUUUUUAUGGCGGUUUUGGAGCAGUGGCUUCUUCCUUGCUGAGCGGCCUUGACUCGUUUUACUGUGAUUAUAGAUACUUUUUGUACCUGUGUCCUCCAGCAUCUUCACAAGGUCCUUUGCUGUUGUUCAAUGACUGCCUAGGAACAGUGGGUUAACUGCCUUGUUCAGGGGCAGAACAACAGAUUUUUUACCUUGUCAGCUCAGGGAUUCGAUCCAGCAACCUUUCAGUUACUAGUCCCAACGCUCUAAUCACUAGGCUACCUGCCAUUAUUAGUAUAUCUUGUGUAGAUACAUAUGGAUGAUUACUGUUAGUGUUAUUUGGGUUGUUAAUUAGAUUAUUUUUUUUAAUGGAUUAUUUGUGUGUCAGUUUGACAUUUUAAUGCAUUGUUAGGCGCUGUAACAUAAGCAUUUCACAGCCCUGCUAUAACAUCUGCUAAACUGUUUAGGUGACCAAUAACCUUUGAUUUGACCUUGGGACAAAACCUCAAUACAACCACACAGCCCUUGACCGCUCUGUCAGCCUACACCCGGGACACACAACAUCAACACAACCCUCAUUUGACUGCCCCUGGGGACACAGACAACAAAGUGCAACUGGACUAUGAAUUAAAUAGAGAGAACACCCCAGUGGACUGCUAUCUAAAGGACAGGUUGGUACAGUCAACCUCGGUGCAGGUUAGUUAGCGACUCUCAAACCCAUGAUAACUGGAACACAGCAUGGAUACCACGGAACCCAAACCGGCUGCUCACGUGCCUCAUCAUGCAUUUAUUUUUGUCCCCCCCCACACCAAACGCGAUCACGACACACGCAGGUUAAAAUAUCAAAACAAAUUGAACCAAUGACAUCCAUUUAGGGACAGGUCGAAAAGCAUUAAACAUGUAUGGCUAGUUAGCUUGCUGUUGUUGCUAGCUAACGUUAAUUGCCCUAUUUCGCUAGCUUGCUGUUGCUAGCUAACGUUAAUUGCCCUAUUUCGCUAGCUAAUUUGUCCUGGGAUAUAAACUUUCAGUUGUUAUUUUACCUGAAAUGCACAAGGACCUCUACUCCGAAUAUUAAUCCACACAUAAAACGGCCAACCGAAUCGUUUCUAGUUAUCUCUCCGUCUUCUUGGCUGUUAUCGUUUAUGGUGAUCGCAUCAAAACUUUCAUUGUAUUACCAUGACUACCAGCAAAAAAAGUUCGUCUUUCAUUCACCCACGUGGGUAUAACCAAUGAGGAGAUGAGACGUGGGUACCUGCUUCUAUAAACCAAUGAGGCGAUGGGAGAGGCAGGACUUUCAGCGGGAUCUGCGUUAGAAAUAAGAAUGAGUUAUAUUUUAGCCGUUGGCGUCGCAGACGCUCUUUGACGCACGCGAGCAGUGUGGGUGCAAUUAUUGAAUAACAUGGCUUUCUACAUUUAUUUUGCGGCGCACGCGACGUAUCCGGUUUGGUCAGUAUGUUAGGCUGCAUUCAAAUCAGCGACGUCACUACAGAUUCAUGGAUAGGAGUGGUUUAGCCACAGAAGUAGCUAACAUUAACUUAAAUAUUAGCGGUACAUUUUCGAGUGUGCAUCAACAAUUCAGCAGAGCAAGUUUGUAUGAAGUCCGGGUUAUUAAAUGGGUACAUAGUUCAAUAGUAAUAUCCUCUAAAACGCUCUGGUGACAAACAAACUUUGCUGCCCUGUUUUCAAUUGUCCCCAUGGCUGGGAGAACCUAUUCAAGUAAAUAUAUUUCAGAAAUGUAAAAUAAAAACAGAUGUAUUAUUAGCUACAGUGCAGGCUAACUCAAAUUAGCUAUCUAGCCAAGUGAAUUAAAUAUCAGCAGCUAGAUGUAUUGAUCACUGUAAAAAACAAACUCCAAAUGCAUUUGUAAGUGGCUGGUUAACAACCAUGGAGGGUGAAAGGAUAACAGCCCCAACUGUCAGUGAGAGAGGAGGCUAUUCUGGAAAGGGCAGACACUUGUGUGUAGUUCCUGUUCCUAGAAGUGAGGACAGAGAUAAUAGUAACUAAUAUUCAGUGUGGUGUAAUUUGAAGUGUGUUUCUUGUGAGGUUUUCUGUCCUCAGAUAAAGAGAGCUAUGAAAGCCUGUCUACAUAUGAAGAGCAGUGGUUCUCAAAAGAGGGGCACAUGGUUGUUUUUUCCCUCAGCACUUCACAGCUGAUCAGCUCAGGAUGCCAACCCCCAGUCCUAUCAUCGCCACCUCACCCGCUUUUAAGAUAACCUUUGUGCUGUAGAGAAAUGCUUAUGUAAUUGUGAUGAUCUGAGAAUAUUUAGGUAUCACUGUGAUUCAUUAGUCAUAUGCUGCCUUCCCUGCUCCUCUGUUUGACCUCUUUCCUUUGGUGUUUUUACUCUUUCUUCCUCUGUUUUAUCAUGAAGUACCGAUCCAACUUGUAUGUAUAACACUUGGAUAAUGAGCUUAUUUCAAUAAAGCAUUUUACAUUCUCUA